CUGAUAGAAAGUGAGCCUGGGUUUCCAGCCGAGUGCUUCCUCUCGCUCAGUGUGUGUGUGUCUGUGUGUGUGUGUGUGUGUUGUCAUUAUUAUCCAGUCUGCUCCCAGCUCGGAAUGGCCAGAUUCACUCAGACUGAAACAAGGAGGCAGCAGCAACUACAACAGCCCCAUCCCGCUCACACCAGCCUGGUUUUCACUGGACCGGGGGCCGCACCGACCCAACAUCCACUACUACUGAUUUCGCACCAGCACCAGUACUCUCUGAUCACAUUUACAAAACCCAUGAACGGGUCAGAAUCCAUUUCCAUUCAUCCGGACAGCGGCAACAUGAAAGACCAAGAUGCCAUAAAGCUAUUUAUCGGGCAGAUACCGCGGAACCUCGAGGAAAAAGACCUGAAACCCCUAUUCGAACAGUUUGGGAAAAUCCACGAACUGACAGUUUUGAAGGACCGAUACACCGGCAUGCACAAAGGCUGUGCGUUCCUUACCUACUGCGCACGCGAGUCUGCCAUUAAGGCCCAGAAUGCCCUCCACGAGCAGAAGACGCUGCCAGGGAUGACUCGUCCCAUCCAGGUGAAGCCGGCUGACAGCGAGAGCCGUGGAGGUAAAGACAGGAAGCUGUUUGUGGGAAUGCUGAACAAACAACAGACGGAGGAGGAUGUGUACCGGCUCUUUGAACCCUACGGCGUCAUCGAGGAGUGUACUGUCCUGAGAGGCCCCGACGGAAACAGCAAAGGCUGCGCCUUCGUGAAGUUCUCCACGCACGCUGAGGCGCAGUCCGCGAUUGGCGCCCUGCAUGGCAGCCAGACCAUGCCGGGUGCGUCUUCCAGCCUGGUGGUGAAAUUUGCCGACACGGACAAGGAGCGUACCAUCCGUCGCAUGCAGCAGAUGGUGGGACAGUUCGGCAUCUUCAACCCCGCCAUAGCACUGCCCUUCAGCACCUACAGCACCUACGCACACGCACUGAUGCAGCAGCAGGCCGCUAUCAUGGCCGCCACGCAUGGCGGCUACCUGACACCCAGCGUGGCCUUCCCCACCGCACAGAUCCACCAGAUGGGGGCGCUCAACAUCAACGGCCUGCCGCCCACCCCAAUGACCCCGGUGUCGGGUGAGUUUCAUCAUGCUUCCGGCCUCAGCUCACCUCCCGCCAAUAUCGCCACAUCCGCCGUGCCCAGCAUCGUUACGCCCAUCGUUAACGGAUUCGCCGGCAUCCCGCACCAGCCCAACGGGCACCCGGCGGUGGAAGCCGUGUACGCCAACGGCCUGCCGGCCUACUCCGCCCAAAGCCCCACAGCUGCCGACACCCUCCAGCAAGCCUUCACUGGUGUACAGCAAUACACAGCAAUCUACCCAGCGACCACACUGACCCCUAUUGGACAGACACUGCCACAGCCGCCCCAGGUCAUCCAGCAACAACAGCAGAGGGAAGGUGAGGGACCCGAGGGCUGUAACCUGUUCAUCUACCACCUGCCACAGGAGUUUGGAGAUAAUGAGCUUAUGCAGAUGUUCCUGCCCUUUGGAACGGUCAUCUCCUCCAAGGUGUUCAUGGACAGGGCCACCAACCAGAGCAAAUGCUUUGGCUUCGUGAGUUUCGACAACCCAGCGAGCGCGCAGGCAGCCAUCCAGGCCAUGAAUGGCUUCCAGAUAGGUAUGAAGAGGCUGAAAGUGCAGCUGAAAAGGCCAAAAGAUGCCAGCCGUCCUUACUGACAGACUUGGCACGAGGCUACAGCACAGGUUCUGAGGAAAAGUUAACAAAAAAAAAAAUCACGAAGGAGCUAUUUCUUUAUAAACAAACAAAAACGAGUUUUAAAAAAUAACAAAAAACAAAAACAAACAGGAGGGAUUUCUGAAGACAUAUCAGCUUUCACUUACGACGACACACUGCGGCGAGACAGAGGGCAGGCGUGGAGGAGCCCACCGCCGCGCUGAGGAGCAGAUUCAACGGCAGGACGAAGAACAGGGAGACACGGCGGAGUCGCGGCGGAGUCGCGGCAAGAGAGGCGUGACCCUUGAGCAACACAGCUUUUUGCGUUGAGACUUGAAUUGUUAAUUAAGCAACAAACAAACAGAAAAGCAGCAACAAUAAAUAGAUUUCUAUAUACAUAUUAUAUUACAUACACACAAACACAUAUAUAUAAAUAUAUAAAUAUUAUAUAUAUAAAAGAGAAGCGCUUGUGGUUUUGCUACACUGGACAAAUGAGGGUUAAACUUGAAGAUCCUGAAAAAUGGUGGGGAAUGGAGUGAUUCCGUCCCACUGAUGGACUGACACGUCCUCUCCUUCAAUUUUCCUCUUUUCUCAAGCGCAGAACUAUGACUUUCUGAGGUCACUGAGGUUUCCAUAGCGACAGUACAACUGAAAAUCUCUCAUCCCUUAGGGACCAAAGGACCAAACAUUUUUAUUGUUCUCAACUGUAAUGUAAAAUAUGAAUAUUAAUUAUACUAAUAUUACAAGCAACUACUACUACUAUUACAAGUAAAAAAGGAAAAAAAAAAAAACUAAACUAGCUUCAGGGUGGGAGGAAAAGGAUUUUGGUUUGUUUUUCUUUUAUCUUUUUAGCUGCAAGGUUUCAGAAUGUAUGAGCAAAAGGGGGGAAAAAAAGAAAAAAUAUUUUAAGAACUAUAAUAGGAGAAUAUUUUAAAGGUGUUUUAGUGGAGUAGAAUAUAUGGUGUAGGUGGUUUGCAGGCAUGUUCAGAUCUGGAAUUAAGCAGUGGCACUUGGCUGGUGGACUGAAAUCCUGACACCAUUUCUGGGCCAUGCAUUCCCCACGUGUGCUGCCAUCUCACAGUUCUGCAGAAAUUUUUUUUUAUAUAGAAAUGCAAAAAGAAAAGGAAAAAAAAAAUUGACAGGUGCAUAAAGAACACUGGUUACAUCCUGGCCUCAGACGAACCCUAUCCUCUUGCGAAGUGUCUUGGAAGCGUGGACUCCGGGCAGCGGGGGGGGGCGUACAUUUUGCACCUCUCGAAUGCAGCGAGGAGUCCAUCGUAAAAAGGUCGGUGUUACCGCAUGAAAUCUUGCUCACCUCGGUGGCGCCACCUUCAGGCGGGGAUUUUUUUAGGCUGCAUGGUGAUGCUUAAAAGUUCUCUCUGUUAGCCCCGCGCCACCUUGGAGGAGAGCGAUGGACUACCUGGCUCCCCCCCCUCUUCUCUUUCUCUCUCCCCCGCCCACCCGCCUGCCCAGCACUCUGGAGCGUGUCAGCGCAUCCCGCCGCAUUAAUCCUUGGUGCGGCUUUGCGGAGGAUCAUGCGAUUAGUGAGUGCGCGGGCGUGCGCCUGCAGCUCCCUGCCCACGCAUACCUCGGUGCCAAAAACAUAGUAAACAGAGUAAUCCCGAACAUCACUGACGUGUCCCAGGGCAGCUUGCCACGGCCUUCUGCAGAUUGCCAGCGGCGCCGUUUUCCGUGACGGGAACUCAUUUCCUUAGAAGCCUCUCCGGCACAGGGAGUUUCCAAACAGGGAUGGCGUUCGACAACCGUGCCGGGUGGAGUCGAAGCGGAUCCUUUGAAUCGAUCACUCCCAUUCGGUAAUGUUUCCAAACAAGGAGGAAGAGGAUACGCCGCAUUAGCAGUCUGCCUUUGGAGAAGGAGGCCCGCGCCAGAGACGGAAACGCUUCGGAGCGCUGGCGAUGCCGACCGUCCCGCGACAGUGCCGUGAACCAGCCCCUGCUCCCGCGCGUAAACAGCAGGCAAAUGGGAGCCGCAGAUCGUGGCAGCAGCCGUUGUGUGAGCAGCGCCGUCGGCCACCUUUCUGGCCACGUAGUCGCCCCUCCCCCCCUUCCAGCUUCUCAUGGGAGUUGGGUGGAUUCAGCGCAUCCAGCAUCAUUUUCAAUGGGGACCGUGAUGUUACAAGGCCCGCAGGCUACGGCACAGUUUAAGGCAAUCAGCACAAUGAGGCCAGGGAUUAACCGGCAGAGAACGCGCUGGAAUUCCCAUCAGAGAGGCAGAACUCACCCCCCCUCCCCCCCCCAAACUGGGAUUUAGGGCGUGGCCUGGCCCCUCCUGCUAUGCUCUCCCCCUGCUGCUCGCACUUCUCUGCAGGAAUCAGAGAGGCUUUUUUUCCUAAUUUUGAUCGGUGGGGGGCAAAUGGUUUCUGCAUUGGAGGAUCAAACAGGUCGUAUGGGAAGUGUACACCGUAUCUCGGAGAUCCUGACAAGCCCAGCAUUGCCCACAUGCUUCGAAGCAAGCAUCCACCACUGCUCUCGUCUCACCUGAUAGGCCAGGCAGCCUGGAGAUCUACCAUUGACCAAUCAGAAGCUCUCCUGGAUUCCGUCAGUCUGCAGCCUUUUGGUUUUUAGAUAGAAAUAUAUAUACAUAUAUAUUUGAAUUGAGUCUUUUAAGAAGCUUUCCUUACCCUCCACAUGUGCGUCUUCAUUUAGUUUCCGCUGGGGCCCCCAUCCAGGUCAUCUUCCACCUCGUCGGUCCCCUCUGUGUCCCAAAGUGAAGCAACCCUCCCUCGCCCUGCUCAGUCAGAACCAGGCCGCCGAAACCCUCACUCUCCGAAGAGGGCCGUCGCGUCAUCGCCAAAGCCCGUGACAUUUUCUCCCAGGCGUAGAGGAGGCAGUCCCUGUACCGGCCUUAAAGACGGCUGCUGGAUUCUCUCAGAACCAGUGUCUUCGGCGCAGAUGAGAGCCUGUAUCGCCACAGGCAGAACAACAAACGGCAUUCGGCCCUUUCUGCUCUUUCGGAAGGAUAUACUAGCCGACCCGACCACACCAUACAAAAAGGAACAUGAAGUACAGUUAAUAAGCAUGUUUAUGAACGCCUCUGUGUGAGACCCUGCCAAACACAGGGGCACAUUCUCCAACUAGACUUCAAAAUGUAACACUGCAACACAGUCUGCUCAAAAGUGCAAAAUAUCACUCUUUGAUAUUUUGACGUGUUUCUAUGACAUGACUGGCCUUCUCUCUUUUGCUGAAUACACACAAGAAAAGCAUUUAAUUAGCGUUUUUAAACGAAAAGCCCAGAACGUUCCAGUCCACAACAAGGUCGACGUCCGUCUGCGUCCAUUGAUAUUGCGAUAUUGAGCUCUUGUUCGCGUGCAAAACCUUUGGAAACGACGUGGCUCAUAAAUGAGAUAGCUGCAGUGUAUCCUGGGAUGCCGGCCAAGCUCAAUAAGCUGUUACAGACGGGCAUUUUUUUUCUCCCACAGAAAGCUGUCAGACUCGGGGUGCAUCCGCCAAAGGUUACCCAAUGCUUUUUCCGCCACCGUCGUUCCACUUUCCCAUAUUUUUUGGGAUGGCUGAGUACGAAGCGGCAUACAGACGUUUUACCCUGUGGGAUUGUGAAGCUGUAUAACUCACACAACAAGUUUUUCCACAAAAUUCUUCAACAGGGUUUUUUUUUUCUUUAAUGAGGUCACUUUAAUUAUUAAAAUCAAAUUAAAUUUGGCCUUAAUAUAGGAGUCUGGCUAAUGCAGAUUCAGAGAGCAGCUGCUGUGGGUUUUCGCCGAGGUCAUUUCUGCAUUACAGAACAAUAACAGGCUGAAGGGACGUCUUUACACUACUGGUAAACUGCUGGGCAUCAGGAACACAAGGCACUUAAGUUUACAAACACCGACCGAUCCCAGACAAACGAUGGUGGGUCUCAUUGCACUAAAAGACAGCUUUUGUGCUCGGCUCGGUAAAGGUUUUCAAUUGCGUUACUAAUUUUUUACUUUGUGUUUUUUUUAUGCUGGCUACCUUUUUAAUGUGUUUGAAGCCACACCCAUAUUUAUUAAUACCUUCUUUAUCCAUUUUGGCCACGUUGAGCAUGCACAAAGAGACUGGGAGGGAUGUGGGUGGGCGGAAUGGGGUUAAAGAUCUUAAAAUGGUAAUACUAUUACUAAUAAUGUCAUUAUUUCAUCAUGGUUUGAAUGCUAAACAGAAAUAGCUUACUAUAAAUAUGAAUUCUGUAUAUUAGCACAGGAAUUUCCUGGGUGUUAGGUGGGGGGAGGGCUGGCAGGUGGGCAAGGGGAAGUUGAUUUUUACGAAUCAUGUAAAGCUAAUGGUUUCUCAGCAUAAGGCAAACAAAAAAUUAAACAAAAUUGUGGACUGAAGGGAAUGGAAGAACCACCUUGGCUUAAUUAUAAAAAAUCCCCACCGGGGAAGCAAUGUUGACAUGUUUUAAAAGAAAAAUGGAAUGGAUGGAUGGUUUUUCCCAUGAUUGACGUGAGAGACAAACAAAAGUCAGUGCUUUUUUAAUCAACAAGGAAAGAUAAGUUCAUUAGCCUGAGAAACCAAACUUUUUUUCCCGUUUAAAAUUCUCUAAUACUUGCUGCUUGGACUAUUUCAUAUAAAUACUGGGAUAUUUGAUUUUUAAAUUAUUUAUUUGAUUAAUUUAUUUGACUUGGUUUAUUUAUUCUAUUUAUUAAUUUAACUAUUACCUAUGUACUGAUUUAUUUUAAUUUCUCUUUAAAAAAAGUAUGUAUCAAAAUAAGAAAUGCUUAUU